AUGUUCACCGCAGCCGGAUCUGCCUACGGAACCGCAAAGUCUGGCACUGGAAUCGCUUCCAUGGCCGUAGCCCGACCAGACCUUGUCAUGAAGGCCAUCAUCCCCGUCGUCAUGGCAGGUAUCGUAGCCAUCUAUGGUCUCGUCGUUGCUGUGAUCGUGUCCGGUAAAGUGGCCCCUGGUGGUCCCGAAUACACCCUGAAUCAGGCGUUUGCACAAUUUGCCGGCGGUCUUGUAUGUGGUCUAUGUGGUCUGGGAGCUGGUUAUGCAAUUGGAAUCGCUGGUGACGCGGGAGUGAGAGCCCUCUCACAACAGCCGCGAAUAUUUGUCGGUAUGAUUCUGAUGUUGAUUUUCGCCGAAGUACUUGGUUUGUAUGGAAUGAUUGUGGCCCUUAUUAUGGGUGCUACAUACACCGCCGAAAGUCCAGCGUACGCUCCAUUCUUUGGUUACAUGGGCGCCGCCUCAGCUCAGGUAUGGUUAUUAUUUUCUUGA